GUUUCAACAAAUGUUCGUGAUGAUUUAAUAUCAAUAUUUACUGAUUUUCGUUCACAACGACGACAAUUUGAAGGACAACAAUAUUAUGUUAAUUGUUGUGCCGGUAUUGCAAUCGAUUUACUAAAUGCAGUUGCAAGAGAUUUACAUUUUGAUUAUGAUCUUUAUUUGGUUGCUGAUGGUCUAUUUGGUAUACGUAAGGAUGGUAAAUGGGAUGGUGUUACUGCUGAUCUAGUUAAUGAUGUUGCACAUUUAAGUUUUACUGCAUUCAGUACAACAAGUUCACGUGUACAG